CCAUUAAAGUUAAGCAAACUCAACACCUGAGAUUUUUAGAUUGUUUAGUACGCUCCCUAUUGAGAAUGUGGUUUUGCUGUCUAGGUAGGGCGCUCAGCAGGUUUUGAGACAGCCCGAGUCUGAGCAUGUCUGCUCUUUUAAACCAUAACAACACCCUGACCUCACUUACCAGACCAACAUUACUGCCCAGGCAAUUAAACGUUUAAACUCUUGCCUAUUAGCACGCACUUUUAGUUUAAACCCCCACAGAAAUCACCCAGAAGAGGACAGAGUGGGUGAGCUAGUGCUUCAGCUAGUACACAGACUCAUGGAGUGCCCUCACCUCAGCUCCAGUGUCUGUAUGACGGUGGAUCCGACCCGGUUCCCCAACGGUUCCCCUUCCUCGUGGUGCUGCUCCGUUUGCCGGUCAAACAAAAGCACAUGGGUUUGCCUGACGUGUUUGAAUGUGCAUUGUGGAAGGUAUGUAAACGGCCAUGCCAAAAAGCAUUUUGAGGAGAUUCAGGCACCAGGAGGCUGUCAAAGGAAGCCGGAGCGAGAAAAGUUGAGCGAGAAGAGUCAGCAGCACUCUGUGUGUAUGGACUGUAACAGUUAUAGCACGUUCUGUUACAGAUGCGACGAAUUUGUAGUGAACGACACAAAACUAGGGCAUGUGCAGAGGGUCAGAGAACAUCUGCAGAGUUUGGAAAACUCUGUGUCUAAUACCGACAGACAGAGGAAGAGAAAACAGUCAGACAGUUCCUCUCCUGACAGCAAGCUGAAGAAAGACAGCGACGGCACUGUAGCACAGUCUGCCACAGGCCUCCGCAACUUGGGCAACACCUGCUUCAUGAACGCCAUUCUCCAGUCCCUGAGUAACAUCCAGGUGUUCAGCUGUUAUUUUAAGGAGCUGCCCUCGGUGGCCUUACGAAGCGGGAAAACCGCAGGAAGGAGAAUGUACCACACCAGAAGUCAGGGGGACAGCAGUGUGUCUCUGGUUGAGGAGUUCAGGAAAACACUCUGUUCACUUUGGCAGGGGAGUCAGACUGCCUUCAGCACAGACGCUCUCUUUUAUGUCAUCUGGAAAAUUAUGCCGAGUUUCAGGGGUUACCAGCAACAGGAUGCUCACGAGUUCCUGCGGUACCUUCUGGAACAUCUCCACCGAGAGAUGCAGGGAAGCAAGAACGGGUCGCCCAGUCCCGCCCUGUCCCCGGACCGACCCAAACACGCCUCCGAGAGCAAAUGCUGCAUAAAUGGGACCUCCACUAUCGUUACAUCUGUGUUUGGUGGCGUCCUACAGAACGAGGUGUACUGCUUGAUAUGUGGCACAGAGUCUCGAAAAUUCGAUCCAUUCCUAGAUCUCUCAUUGGACAUUCCCAGCCAAUUCAGAAUCAAGUUCACAAAAGACCAAGAGCCGGGGCCAACUUGCACUUUAAAUGAUUGCCUUCAGAGUUUCACAGACCUCGAGGAACUCGAUGAAACGGAGCUCUACAUGUGUCACAAGUGCAAAACGCGACAAAAGUCCACCAAGAAAUUCUGGAUCCAGAAACUGCCCAAGGUGCUUUGUUUGCAUCUGAAGAGGUUCCACUGGACAGCGUUUCUGAGGAAUAAGAUUGACACCUAUGUAGAGUUUCCCAUGCGUGGCCUUGACAUGAAAAGCUUCUUGCUAGAGCCUGAAAACAGCUUGCUAGAGAAUUGCCUGUAUGAUCUCGCUGCAGUAGUGGUUCAUCAUGGAUCUAGCAUCGGCUCAGGACAUUACACGGCAUACGGGCUUCACGAGCACCGAUGGUACCACUUCAACGACAGCACGGUCACUCUGGUCAGUGAGGAGGCUGUGCUGAAAGCCAAGGCCUACAUUCUGUUCUACACAGAGCUCAGCGAUCAAGAGAGUCCAGCCAAGAUUUAAGACUUCCUCCAGAUCAGUUACUGGUCCUUCAUAUGUGUGCCGUCAUCUGUCUCAUGUCUUAUGCUAUCCAGUUAUGAUUUUUGUGUCACAAAACCUCAGUACAAACCGAAUUGCUGCUUGAUGACUUUUCAUUUAAUAGACUUUCCCAGUUUUUGGUCUUCAUACACCACCAGGGGGGAUUUUUGUCUAACGAAUGAACUCACAUUGACUGUAGAUUUUUUUUUUUUCUCUCCUCAUUGAGUGUUUUUCCGUCGUCUGAAAUGAUGACAGCUGUCACGUUUCUGUGUCAGACACUGACGUCUCCAACUCACGCCAACGGUCUGCUCACUGCUCCAGGAGAAGUCGUUUCUCUUCAGCUCAGAAAUUCAUUCUUGUCCUCUGAGCGUGCCGUUCAUUGAUCGAGGUUGAAGCAGAAGUAUAUCCGAAUUAAAACUUGAAUUGAAUUGAUUUUACGUUACAAAACAGAUGUCGAUUGUAUCACAAAGCAGUAGUUGACUCAGAUCACCUCACUAAUGUGAAAAUGACUUUCGGAGAGAAGGGUCCAUUAGCUCACGAUUCGUUUUCUUUACGCUUGAAAAACUUUGACCAGAUGAACAUUUUCUGUCCUUUUAGAAUUAAAGGAAUGCAGAUUGUGCAAAA